AUGGUUUUCAUCAGCAGCGUGCUCUUCUCCAACAGAACGCAAUGGUUCUUGAAACUGCGUACGCGUAGUUGUGGUGUGUCAGGUGGCCGCCACGGUAGCAGCGUGCAGCAGGUACCUGCGCUAAGCCCGGUAACCAGACUCGGCAACAGUCGCGUCCGAGUCGCCUCGCCGAGGUGUUUGCGCAUGAGUGCGCCAACAACCACACCCAUCACGGUCACCGGCGAUAAUAUUGACUUGACUUCGGCGCUCCGUGAACAUGUUCUGGACAAAAUCGGGCACGUAGUGGAAAAGUUUCCAGGACUGGUGACCCGAGUCGAAGUGCACCUGUCUGUGGCGCAUAACCCGCGCAUCAAGAACGCGCACGACUGCGAAGUGACGGCGUAUGCGCGUGGGCGAGUGCUUCGUGCGUCUGUAAAAAUGGAGAAUAUGUAUGCUGCGAUAGAUCUGACAGCAGAUAAACUGAAGCGCACGCUCCGAAAAUACAAGGAGCGAUUGCAUGAGCACAGUCCCACUGCAGAUCUGGUCGAAGUUGCGCUUUUGGAAGACCGACGGACCCGAGCAUCCUCUCCGAGCGCACCUGUGGAGUCCAUGGACGGGUUGGCUUCCGUGCCGGCAACGAGCCCUGUUCCGGUGGAUGACGGAGCGCCCUACGAAGGUAGCAAGCAUCGCCGAGAGGUAGAGUCUGAACUGGAAGAGAUGGGUAUCGAGCCGAGCCGCGAAGUCGUGCGGAAGAAGCGCUUCCCUAUGCCGCUGCAGACAGUCGAGGAAGCGGUACUUUGCUUGGAUUACAUCGAUCAUGAUUUUUACGUUUUCCGCAAUGCCGACACCGGCGAAGUCAAUGUCGUCUAUCGCCGGAGGCAUGGGGGCGUGGGCCUCAUCGAACCCGAAUCCUAA